AUGCCUGUUACCAAACCAAAACCAGUUCAAGUAAAUGAUUAUUAUGAUAAUGACAACAAUGGUCUAUGGUCCUGGUAUUUAUCAAACAUUCGAAACGGAAUGUUUGAAGAAUUAACCGAAAAUAUUUUAAAAAUUACUCUAUUGAAAAGAUUCUUAAAGGAAAACUUUCAACAAGAUAUUAAUAGUACUAGCCAACAUUCGACAAAUUGUACCAAAAUUUUGUUUACUUCUAUUCCUGAUAAUAUACAUCAAGAUUUACCAAUUUUAGAAAAUUUACUUAAGGAUUAUUUUGAUUUAGACAACUUGGACAACAUUCAAAUAUUAAAGUUAACUCAAAAUCGCUGUUACAAUCAUGAGAAUCAUUAUAUUUUGAAGGACAUCUUAGACAAUUUUGGAAAUACUUCUUUUUUUAUUCAUGAUGGCACUAAACAGAAGAUUCCUCCCCUUAAGCAUAAGCCUGAUAGCAAUAAUAACAUCAAUAAUCUAGACAACUUAGACAUUUAUCGUGAUGAAGAUAAUAGUAUAAUAAAUUCUGAUGAUCAACAAUCAGAAUGCCCUUCCUUAACACCCUUAAACUCUAUUCGAUCAUCCCACGCAUAUUCUGCUAAAAAAUCUAAUUCAAUAACACAAGAAAAUUCAAAAACAAACUUUUUGAAAUUAUCACAACCAGCAAUAGACCCUCUUUCUUUAUCUUACGGACCUUCAAACCCCAGUUCCUUUCAAGGAAAUUCAUUACUUUCUUUAAGAGAUGAAGCGAAAAACUGCUGUAAUAAUGAUGAACAACAAAAUGGGAUUGUUGUAGCUGAGUCGUUUUUAAACAAAGAUCCGAAUAUUGAAACCGUGGAUGAUUUUGAUGGAUCUAUUAAUUCACAUCCGCCACUAAUAGAACAUUUCCUUGACACUAAUAAGAUAGACGAGGACAAUACAGAAAUAAAUAUACUUGAUUCAAACUAUAGCAAAGAGUUUGAAGCAAAAAUAAAAGACGAUGGAGGUACCGAUGAUGAGGAAACUGAUAGAUCACUAUUUUUCACUUUUAAACACAAAACACUUCCAGAAUCUGAAAAAGCAUUAUCUUCUCAAGAAAAUAAAUGUGAUACGACUCUUAUUAAAACCGAUACUAACCUUCCAACAUCCGAAGAUAUUUCCUUUGAUAGCUUUAAUACUUCAAAUAACGUUCUUGAAAGAAAUGAAACCUCAUACAUUGGACAUCCUUUGUCUUUAACUAUAACUCAUGAGGAAGAUCAAAAUCAGAAGAUAGAACAACAAUUAUUAUAUAGGGGAGAUAAUUCUCAAAAUUUUCGAACUGAUAAUAUUGAGAAUAGGAAUAUGCAUAACAAAGAUGGACUAUCUAACAGCUCGGAUAAAGUUUCAGAAUUAUCAAAACUAUCAGAUUCACUAAAUAGUUUAAAUUAUAGUGUGACAGAGUCAAAUAGUUCAAACCUAUUAUCUGCAUCUUCCAGUAACGAUUCAUCCUCAAGUUAUUCCGCUAUGUCAAUUUUACCAAGCAUUUCAAUAUCAGAUUCUUUAGGUCAUUUUAGACUGGUUUUACAAUGCAUUCUAAUUUAUCAUCCACAUGCUGAAAAGACCUAUACAGCAAUUCGUCAAUCAGAUAGCAAUAGAGACGUGGCAGAUAUUCAGGAUGAUUGGCUUCUUUAUGAUUUGAAAUUCUCAAUGGAUAACUUGGAAAUAUUAACGUUGCAAGAGUUAUUGGACUUUAAUAGAGACUAUCCUAAAAUUUUAUUCUACACACUAGUUGCAAUUAAUGAUAACUCCUCUUACAUUAGAACUAAUAAAAAUAUUAGCGAAAUUAACGAACUGACCAAUAAUUUAAAAAACUUAAAUUGUAAACCAUCAGGUGACGAUAGAAACAAAAAGGAUAAUCAAAAAAUAAAUACUGAAUUCAAUACUACACGUAUUCAUAGUAACCACUUAAUAGACCAUUCAUCUUCUGAAGACAUUCCCAGACAAUUAUACACAACUUUAAGUUCUGAUGAGGAAUAUGGUGAAAUUGAAUAUCCUGAAGGUUUAGAAAUGUAUGAACCAUCGAAAAUAAAAUCUAAUACCACUACAAUUGCCCACAGAUCAAUUAGAACAGUGAAUAGUAUUGGUGAAUGGGCAUUCCAUAGAACAGAUACCAGAGGUACAAAAGAUACAAAAAAUAUCUCCAUAAAUAGUUAUGUGGAACCUUUUUCAAGAUCACCAUCUCCUUUUGAAUACAUAAUUAGCAGCCAUAUCAAAGACAGUACCACAAAUGAAACUGAAAAUAUUACCACUACUGCUUUUAUUACUGACUAUAAUACAAAAUACGCAACUCAAAAAUCUGAAAUAUCAAAACUAGUAUUACAACCCGAUAAUAACCAAGCAGGCUCCAAUACCCUAAUAUUAGAUAAAAUUAAAAACAGAAAGAGACAAAUGCAUCCUGUAGAAAGGUCAAAAAGUACACCAGUGCCAUAUAACGUUUCAUCGAAGGAUCAAAAGAAUACAAAAUCGAAAUCUUGGAGAGAAAAAAUGGAUAUAAUCAAACGUAGAAGAGAAGAAUCCAGACAACGAAAAUCAAAAGAUAGCUUAUCAGAUAGAAAUACCCUUUGUAAUAUUAUGUAG